AUGGCAAAGGGUUUGCGCAAUAAAUUUGGGCCGCAUACAGCUUCAUUAUCUCCAAUUAUAUUUGACAAAUUCAAAGAGAAGAAGCCUCAUCUUCGUGAUCCUUUGAUUGAAUUAAUUGACGCUGUUUUUGCUAGCACGACUUUAAACAAUCUCUCGGCCAGUAUUUUGGAAGCUGCUAAGAAGUCUAAUCCUAGCCAAAAAUCUCAACUUGAUCAUUUCAUCUACAGAGCAUUUCGGUCGCUUAACAGCAAGGAUAUUCCUAAAGGACUUUUGAAAGAUUUGAUUGCGUCAUUAUCUAAUCAUGCUUCUGAUUCUGAUCCUGAGGUUCGUGAUGCUUCGUGUGCUGCUUUGGGUGCUAUACAAAAAUGUAUUGGUGAAAGUGCACUUUCAGUUUUUUUAAGUGCCGAAAUUGUCAAAGAUGCUUCAAAAAUGUCAAAGAUUGGUGAAUAUCGUGAAAAGGCCACCGUUGAAUCUCAAAGUCUAAAGCCUGCUUCUGAGAAUAAUUUCGCUCCUUCAACAUCUCAACAAAGUCAACGGCAAUUAGCUACAAACACAAAUAAUCAGCAACAACAAGUUGCUACCGAACCACAAAAACAACAAGUCGAUCUUUCUAAGCCUUUGGAACCUUAA